AUGGCCACUGAAGACCAAAUUUCACGGCUUAAGAGAGCUAUCUUUACGACAACCGCAACACUUUUUGGAUCCCAAAAUGUUGAAGAUACAAUUUUAUCAUAUAGCAGUCCGUACAAAAGAGCUCUGCAUCAAGCUAUAAGUAGUUUGGGGUCCCAGGGGUCUUUAAAUUCUUUCAGAGGAGUUAAAAAAAAUCCGCAAGAAGCGUUUCAAAGUCUGAAUGCCUCGAUGAAUGGUAAGAACUUCUUCAACAAUAAAUUCACUGAUUCAAAAACAAGUUUCAAAGUGCUGAGUUAUAUAAGUGAUGACCUUCUCAAUGAAAUAGAGAAUGAGAAUUAUGCUUUUAUGGACAAGAAAUUGCUCAAGAACGGUGGCGAGAAAGGAGGUAAAUCGAAAAGUUCGAAGCAAGAGCCUUCGCUUUUUCAAGGUUUUGAAGCGUCCCUCCCCAUCAUAAAUGAGGCAUUAGAAAAUAAAAUGAUGAUUGAAUCUUCUCAAAGUAAUUUGAAAGGUAUUUCACAUAACCCCCAUGAGAAUGAUAACGAUGAAAAUUUCGAUAUUAAUGAAUCAAUUUUGCUACCACAUGAUUUUCAUCCAGAGAAGAUUAAUGAUUCUUAUUCUUUAAAGUAUCUCAAAACGCUUAACAGUCAAGUUACAGAUAAUCUGGACCUUUUAGAGAUUCAGAAGAAAAUAGCAGCAAGCGAAAUUGGAGAAUUGGAUCAUAGAUUGAAUGCUUUAAAGUCCUUGAGAGAUUCAACGUUCAAGAAAGUCGCUAAAAUAGAACAAAAUGAACUGGUUUUGGAAAAUCAUUUGAAUAUGAUAAAUGAACGAGUCUCUUUUUUGAAAGAAUAUGGACUCGAAAUAGAUAGUGGUGCAGACUCAGAUAUGCCAUCAACUCCAAUGAGCCCACAAAUAAAUACUGAUAAAAAUGAUGAAUCGAAAAGCGAGCCAAUGAUCAGCGAUAGUAAUGAUAAUUCUGAUGAGACCAAUGGCAUCCAAUCUGUUUUUUCCGUGAAUGAUAGUGACUUCACAUCACCUAUGAUGAGUCAGUCCAUUUAUAAGAAACUGAAGAUAAAGAAUCAGACCCCAUCUAAAAAACUGCAUGAUUUUUAUCAUGACUACAAUAAGAAGAGCAGGAAAAUUUUCCCGACUCUGCAACAAUAUUACAAUCCUGGUACCAGGAUGGCUAGAUUUGAAAAAGCACAUGAAGAUGGCAUCACUUGCCUAGAUUUUGACGUCCCAUUCGGUAUACUAAGUACUGCAGGGCACAUGGACCAUUGCGUCAAGAUUUGGGAUUUAUCUCAACACAAAAAGAUUGCAGAGAUGUCCGGUCACAUGGCAAGUAUAAGUUGUAUGCAAAUGGAUAGGAGAUAUAACAUGCUGAUUACUGGUGCAAGAGAUGCGCUCCUGAAAAUGUGGAAUCUCAACUUAGCCACACAAUUGUAUCAAGAGCAGGCAGAUUUGAAGCCAAGCAGCGAGUCGUCGUGUGUCUAUACGUUUGACUCUCAUGUCGACGAAAUCACGGCUCUCUCAUUUGAUUCUGGACAUUUGGUUAGCGGGUCACAAGACAGAACAAUUCGUCAAUGGGAUAUGACGAGCGGUAAGUGUUUGCAAACAAUAGACAUCAGUUUUGCCGGUCGUGUAAGCCAAAGUCAUUCACUGAAUAAUACUACAAUGCUAACGUCUAUUGACCCAUCCCCAAUCAUUGGGGCCUUACAGUGUUUUGAUGCCGCUUUGGCAAGCGGUACAAAAGACGGCAUUGUACGAUUGUGGGAUUUAAGAUCAAGUCAGAUCAUCAGGACAUUAGAAGGUCACACAGACGCCGUGACAUCACUUAAGUUUGAUUCAAGAAAUUUAGUCACCGGUUCGUUGGAUAGAAGCGUUAGAGUAUGGGAUCUUAGAACGGGUACAUUAGCGGACGCUUUUGCCUACGACUCGCCCGUUCUCUCCUUAGAUUUUGAUACACACAACAUUGUAGUGGCGACGGGCGAAAAGUCUGCCAAGGUGUUUGACAGAAGCGAUGGUAAACAAUGGGAUUGUGUCGAGAAAGAAGACCAAGACGCCUCAUCAAACUCUGACCUGAAUUCCUCUAACAUUCCUGAAACAAUUAUGGCACCUGCAAGCACCUCUUCCACUGUGCAGUUCCUCAAGUAUAAGGAUGGUUAUAUGGUAGAGGGUCGUGAUAACGGAGAUGUGAGUACUUGGGCAAUCUGA